AUGAAAGGCUGGGGUUGGCUGGCCCUGGUUUUAGGGGCCCCGCUGGGAGCAGCCGAGGCUCAGAGGAGCCAGGAUCUACACUGUGGAGGCUGCAGGGCCCUGGUGGAUGAACUAGACUGGGAAACUGCCCAGGUGGAUCCCAAGAAAACCAUUCAGAUGGGCUCUUUCCAAAUCAACCCAGAUGGUCACCAGUUAGUGAUGGAGGUGCCUUAUGCUCACUCAGAGGCCCAUCUCACAGGGCUGCUGGAGGAGGUAUGUGACCGGAUGAAGGAGCAUGAGGAUCAGACUCACCCAUCCACCCACCGCAAGAACUACGUCCGUGUAGUGGACCCAAAUGGAGAAUCCAAUGAACCGGACCUACAGGCGAUCCAGAUUGAUUCAGACAUCAGGGGCACUCUCAAAUUUGCUUGUGAGAACAUUAUGGAGGAACAGGAGGAUGAACUCAUUGAAUUCUUUUCCCAAGAGGUUGACAAUGUGAAAGACAAACUUUGUCGUAGGCGAACAGAUCUAUGGGACCAUGCCCUGUACAUAUCACUCGAUGAGCUAUGA